AUGCGCCGCGCCCCGGCCCCGCCGCCGCCGCAAACUUUCCGCGGGGCCGUGAACCGGGAGGAGGAGGAGGAGGAGGAGGAGAACGACAAAUCCCUGAGGGGCGGUUCCUCGGUAAAACUUAGGAACUCGGAGGGGAAGAACCGGGAGGGGAACCAGGAGGAGAACCGGGAAAAGAAGGACCGGGAGAGGAAGCACCGGGAUAAGAACCGGGAGAAGCACGGAAAGAAAAUCCGGGAGAAGAACCGGGAGAAGAACCGGGAGGGGGAGAAGCAGCGGCAGCAGCAGCGGCAGCAGCCCCGCCAGGCUCCGCUCGAUGCGGCGCUGAGCCCCGCGCAGCCCCGCGGAGCCAUGGCCAUGGUGGCCGGCGCUUGGGGCGAACCGAACGGCGGCGGAGCUGCGGGCGGCGGCGGCGGAGCCGGUGGCGGCGGCGGAGCGGAGGAGGCGGCGUCCCCCGGCGGCGGCGGCAGCGACGCGGAGCACGGCGAGGAGGAGCGGCCCGGGGCCGGCGCGGACUGCGUGGUGUGCGGGGACAAAUCCAGCGGGAAGCACUACGGGGUGUUCACCUGCGAGGGCUGCAAGAGCUUCUUCAAGCGCAGCAUCCGCAGGAACCUCAGCUACACCUGCAGAUCCAACCGGGAUUGCCAGAUUGACCAACACCACCGGAACCAGUGCCAGUACUGCCGCCUCAAGAAGUGCUUCCGAGUGGGAAUGAGGAAGGAAGCCGUGCAGCGCGGCCGCAUCCCCCCCAGCCACUCCGGCAGCAGCCCCAACCCCGUCCCGUCCUCGGAAUUCUUCAACGGGCAGCCGGUGUCGGAGCUCAUCUCGCAGCUGCUCCGCGCCGAGCCCUACCCGGCGGCGCGCUACGGCUCGCACUACGCCCAGCAGCAGGGCAGCGUCAUGGGCAUCGACAACAUCUGCGAGCUGGCCGCCCGCCUGCUCUUCAGCACCGUCGAGUGGGCCCGGAACAUUCCCUUCUUCCCGGAGCUCCCGGUCUCCGACCAAGUGGCGCUGCUGCGGCUGAGCUGGAGCGAGCUCUUCGUGCUGAACGCGGCGCAGUCGGCGCUGCCGCUGCACAUGGCGCCGCUGCUGGCGGCCGCCGGCUUCCACGCCUCGCCCAUGUCGGCCGACAGGGUGGUGGCCUUCAUGGAUCAGAUCCGCGUCUUCCAGGAGCAGGUGGAGAAGCUCAACCGGCUGCAGGUGGAUUCGGCCGAGUACAGCUGCCUCAAGGCCAUCGCGCUCUUCACGCCCGACGCCUGCGGGCUGUCGGACCCGUCGCACGUGGAGACGCUGCAGGAGAAGGCGCAGGUGGCGCUGACGGAGUACGUGCGAUCCCAGUACCCGUCGCAGCCGCAGCGCUUCGGCCGCCUGCUGCUCCGCCUGCCCGCGCUCCGCGCCGUGCCCGCCUCCCUCAUCUCCCAGCUCUUCUUCAUGCGCCUCGUCGGGAAAACUCCCAUCGAGACCCUGAUCCGGGACAUGCUGCUGUCCGGCAGCACCUUCAACUGGCCCUACGGGGCCGGACAGUAGGGCCGGGGCCGGACGGCAGGGACGGACGAUUCGGAGCGGCUCCCCCCAGGAACGUUGGAUCGGGGGAAUUCUCCGGAAUGCCGGCGGCCCGCGGGCCCGCGGGAAUGGGGUGGUGCCUGGAGGAGUCGGGGGGUUGUCGCCAAAGGUUUUAGGGUUGUGGUGUUGUCCCAGAAAGGUUUGGGGUCCUGGCGUUGUCCCCAAAAGAGGUCCCAAUGUUGUCCCAAAAACGUUUGGGGUCUUGAUGUUGUCCCCAAAGGUUUUGGGGUCCCAGCGUUGUCCCCGAAAGUUUUUUGGGUCCUGGCGUUGUCCCCAAAAGAGGUCCCAAUGUUGUCCCAAAAACUUUUGUGGUCCCGGCGUCGUCACCAGAAUUUGUGGGGUUCCAGCAUUGUCCCCAAUAGUUUUGGGGUCCUGAGGCUGUCCCCAAAAGAGGUCCCAAGGUUGUCCCCAAAGGUUUGGAGAUCCCAGCAUUGUCCCCAAGGAUGGAGGGGACACACAGAGAACGGGGACAGAGCCGGGAUUUCCGGAUUUGGGAUUUUGGGAUUCCAGGCUGAUGGAAUUCUUGCUCGGCCAUAAAACUCAUUAAUUCAUGGCAAUUAAGGACAUUCCUACAACCCCAGUGGUCUGGAACACGACAGGAUUGGGGAUUUUGGGAUUUCAGGAUUUGGGAUUUCGGGAUUCCGCGAUGAUUCCCGGCUGAUGGAAUCCUCGCUCCGCCAUAUAAACCUGUUAAUUAAUGCCAAUUAAAGACAUUUCCUAAAA